AUGACCGACUCUACCACGACAAAGCCUCCUACGGAGCCCUCCGAGCCCAAGCCUACAGAGAGCGAGACAGAGCCGACGAGGAAUUCUGAUGGCCCGGAAGCAGACUCUGAGAAUAAGGAACCUUCCACAACAGACACCAAGUCGACCGUCGUCGGCAUGGCAAGUAGCGCGGCAAGCACUGCCUCCGCCGCAGCUUCAGGAGUGAAAGACUCGAUGUUCUCGAUGUUUGGUGGUGGUGUAAAAAAGGAGAAGAAGGUCGAAGAAGAGGACGAAGAAGCUAAAAAUGAGCCUAGUGGAAGCUCCAAGGCGCAAAAGAAAGACGCUGAUGCUGAAGAGGAAGUCGAGCAAGCCGAAGAUGUCCACUUCGAACCUGUUGUGCACCUCACUGAGAAAGUCGAGACUAAAACCCACGAAGAGGCAGAAGACCAAACUUUCAAGAUGCGAGCGAAACUGUUCAAAUUCGACCGAGAUACAAGAGAAUGGAAAGAACGAGGCACAGGGGAUGUGCGACUACUGAAACAUAAGGAGAACCAGAAGACUAGGCUGGUCAUGCGAAGAGACAAGACGCUCAAGGUCUGCGCCAAUCAUUACGUGACUCCGGAUAUGAAGUUGUCGCCAAACGUUGGGAGUGAUCGAAGCUGGGUCUGGAAUGUCAGUGCGGAUGUCAGCGAAGGCGAACCUGAGGCCCAGACGCUCGCUAUUCGGUUUGCCAACAGUGAGAAUGCAAAUUUGUUCAAGGAGGGAUUCAUUAAGGCACAGCAGGACAACGAGAAGCUAUUCACCAAGGAGUAG